CCCCGCUGCGUGGAAGAGUACGUACCAUUACCGCGUACCGACACAACCGGAGAAAGUCUUCGAGUUUUGCAAACGGGACCAACGCAUCUUUGCAUCGUUUGCUAUCUCGAUUCCCGCCAUGGCAUCGAAACAACGGGAACGCAUCAAGGCGUUUCUGCUGGUCGUGUUUAACCUCCUAGCAGCCAACACGUUCUACCUAUGCUACGUAUGCAUGUACAUUCUGUCGGAGGACAUGGACGUCUCGGAGCACCAUCCCGAACAGGUCCACGUUCCCCAUCCAGAGGCGCACCUUCUCGAGAACCAGAAGCUCCAUCACCGACUGCACAACCCGAACCACAUCGAAUGGAACGGCUUUAGAAAAGGAAAAGCAAACGGAACUGUAGAGCGGAACGAGAACAAAAACAAAAAUGAAAACAAUAGCAACAUAAAUACCAACACCAACAACAGAAACGAACAUCAGACAGACACCGGAAACAAACAGAAACACACCGGGGAAGGCCAUCCGCAGUCGACACGAAACGAGAAACCACACGGGAACGAAACAAACAACACCCAGCAGCAUCCUCUGCUGGAUUGUACCCGCUACGGUGGUCCCCACGAUUUUGACUCUUUGGACGAGAUGGUCUACUGGAAACACAUACCAGAGGACGCAACCUAUCAGUCCAGGUUUAAAAAUAAAGGUGACAAGGGAGAGCAGUUCCUUACCUUUGACACUGACAUGUCGGGCUUCAACAACCAGCGGAUGGUAUUUGAGAUCAAUGUUGCCACGGCCAUUGCCACGGGAAGAACCCUUGUAAUGCCCAGAGACCGUGUGAUGGACCACAUUCAUAAGACGCACAAGUUUGCUAUGGACGACUUUUUUGACCUUCAAAAGAUUGCAGGAGAAUUGCCUGACAUUCUCAAGCUCAUGACUAUUGAUGACUACAUAUCUCAAGAAGGCGGACCAGAGAAGCUCAACAUUCCCAGGGACUUCACUGGCUUUGGCAAGAAGGUUGGUGAAAUGAUAAGGGAGAUCCAGGAGGACAAGACGAGACUGACUAGCAACUACUACAAUCAUCACGACAAAUUUCUCAUCAACCAUGUCAACGAUCUCCACUGCAACGUCACCGAGCAUGGGGAGGAAUACUGUAGCAACUACACUGACUGGAUUAACCAACGCCACGUCUCAAAGACCCACGGGAUCUGGCAGUUUUAUUUGGAUGAGUUUUUUCAUGACCAUCCAAAGGUGGUUUGUCCAAAGUGGGGAAGCAGUAUAUGUCUUUUGACUAUUCCAGUCUUUGAUGCCCCAAACCAUAACAAUACAAUCAUCAAUACCACUGACAACACCAGUAGCUCCGAUCGAUUCAAAGCCUGGAUGAAGGACUUGGAUGGAAAUGUUUGGGAACGACAAAACAGCUUUAUUGGUAAUCCGCCCCUUGUCAAUGAUCCACCAAAGAAACGCGUCUCAGAGCUCUACCAAGCUCGCAAUGGCCUCUGUGUCUACGACCAAAACAUGCAGCAAAGCAAAUACUAUCAUAUGCGGGACACAGCAGAUCGGGAGUCUAGGCUAAUUGGCCACUGGUAUGACUACAUCUUCUUUGAAGACUGGAAAGAAGACUUGUGGAUGAAGCGCUUCAUGAGGGACAAGCUCAAGUACAAUGACCUGAUCCAGUGUACGGCAGCCAAGAUUGUUGCUGACAUUCGCAAAACAUCCAAAACUCUAUACAAUCACCCUGAUGGCCAGUUUCACUCAAUGCAUGUCCGGAGGACAGACCUCACAAAAUUUUACAAGGAUUAUGAUAUUGACCGGAAUGCCUCGGAGAUCUACAAUGAGUUAAAGCGCCACAUUGUCCCGAAAGAUAGUGUUGUGUUUGUGGCCACUGAUGAAGCUGACAAGCACUGGUUUGAUGUAUUUAGGGAAAACUACCAGAGGGUGUAUUUUCUGGAUGACUUUGUGGAGGGCUAUUUGAAAGAUAUUCCAAAGGAAUACUAUGGCAUGAUUGACCAGCUGGUGGCCUCAAGAGGAGAGCACUUUGUUGGCACAUACUACUCAACCUUUACUGGCUAUAUCAACCGCCUGAGGGGCUACCACUCGCAGAAGCACUACAAUCCAAACCUAGUCAACUCAUUGAGAAAGCCCCCCAGAGAAGCCAAGGGGAUUAUUCCAAGCUGGUUCUACUCUCCAAAGACAAAGAUUGGUGUGUAUCAGCGAUAUGCACCGGUGGGUUCAACCUUCUUUGAAAUGGAGUAUCCCCUCGCCUGGAGGAACAUCGAUUUCGGUGUUGGUGCCGGUGCGGAUCCCACCGCCUAGGUGGUCCAGGGCCAUGCGUCGAGAAACGAAAUGGAACGGAUGGGGCCGCCAACAAACAACGUGGCACAGA